AUGUGCUUGAGGCUUCGCACCUGUGCGCCUUUAUGUAAUGUUACGGUUCCACGUGCGGCUGUUGUGUCCCACGCAGGGCACGGAGGUGUGAACCAGCUCGGCGGGGUGUUUGUGAACGGCAGACCCCUCCCGGACGUGGUGCGCCAGCGGAUCGUGGAGUUGGCCCACCAGGGCGUUCGACCAUGUGACAUCUCCAGACAGCUGCGCGUCAGCCACGGCUGCGUCAGCAAGAUCCUGGGCAGAUAUUACGAGACAGGUAGCAUCAAACCAGGAGUGAUCGGUGGGUCGAAACCCAAAGUGGCCACGCCAAAAGUGGUGGAAAAAAUAGCAGAUUAUAAAAGACAAAAUCCAACCAUGUUUGCGUGGGAGAUCAGAGACAGACUGCUGGCAGAGGGCAUCUGUGACAACGACACUGUCCCCAGCGUGUCAUCAAUUAACAGGAUUAUCCGAACUAAAGUCCAGCAGCCAUUCCACCCGUCUCCUGAUGGGACGUCCCUGACGCCAGGCCACACCAUUGUACCAAGCACAGCUUCUCCUCCUGUAACAAGCGCCUCCAAUGACCCCGCCGGGUCAUACUCCAUCAAUGGGAUUCUAGGUAUUCCACGAUCCAAUGGCGAGAAAAGGAAAAGAGAUGAAGAUGGUUCAGAUGGUUCUGGCCCAAACAGUGAUUCUCAGGGUAGUGUGGAGAGUUUACGGAAACACCUGAGGGCUGAUGCCUUCACUCAGCAGCAGCUGGAGGCGUUGGACCGAGUCUUUGAACGCCCGUCGUACCCAGACGUCUUCCCAACGUCGGAGCAUAUCAAACCCGAACAGGCUAAUGAGUACUCCCUCCCUGCCCUGAAUUCCAGCCUGGAUGAAGUCAAGCCCAGUUUAUCCUCCAGCGCCAACCCAGACCUGGGCCCCAGCGUGUCACAAAGCUACCCUGUAGGUCGGGACAUGGCCAACACAACCUUACCCGGGUAUCCCCCUCACGUUCCCCCUACAGGCCAGGGCAGCUACCCGACUUCCACGCUCGCUGGAAUGGUUCCUGGGAGCGAGUUUUCGGGGAACCCCUACAGUCAUCCACAGUACACAACCUACAACGAAGCCUGGCGAUUCAGCAACCCAGCGCUACUAAGUUCCCCUUAUUAUUAUAGUGCCGCAUCGAGAGGCUCCGGCCCUCCCACUGCUGCCACUGCCUAUGACCGUCACUAGUUACCAUGGAAACCAAAUCAACCUGCAGGACCAUGGCCUCAGCCUCCAUAUUGCCCCGGUGUGAACGGUACCCUCCACUGGACACUGAGCAAGUGCACACAAAACAUUUCUUUUGGAAUUCCAAACACUCAUCCCAGCUUCAUCUUUUUUUGUGGGGGGGGGGGCAUUUCAAAGCCAAACUACAAACAAAAUCUGUACAUCAACAAGGCACG